GUGUUGGGGAUGGGCAGCGAGUGCGCGCCCAGGAGCAGCCCGGGCCCCGCCGGUCCUCUCCGCUCCCCCACCCGCUGCUGCUCCUACACCGCCGUCCCCAGUGUCCUGGGGACAGCGCCGCCACCGCGCUCUCCACAGCCCCCGCCUCGGAAGGUUCCUCCUGAAGCUUUCUUCACCCAUUUUUUCACUGUAGAUGGAGACACCAGGGCCAGGAGUGGGGAGAGAUGUGGGAUCCCUCCAGUAUGAACAGCAGUGCAUACCCCUGCCAUUCUGACAGACUCAGUGUCCCUUCUACUGUACAGUGACUGCAAAGGGGGCACUGAGCUGCUGCCUGAGCAGCUGAAGAGUGGCUGCAUGAGGAGAAGAGGACGGAUGACAAUCUCACAGGAGGGUUGGGGCUGCUGAGCCUGGAGCUUCUCAAAAAGCAGCAGUACCCCAGUUCCCACUGCAUUCGCCUGUCCUGAGUAUCUACCUAGCUAGCUGUUGUAAAUGGGUCUACGACUGACAGCUCUGCUUGGCUCCAUGUCCUCUGCUUCUCAAUCUUCUGAAGUUCUCUGUACCAGAAACACCCAGUCUCAUCUCAGGAGUGAUCCUCAGAGGCUGUCUUGAGGUUAAGUAUUUCUUCUUGACUUAUCCUAAGAAAAAGUGAUGAUGAAGACUUAUCCCUGCAUUUAAGAAUUCUAAGAUAACAGAAGUAAAAAGUUAUUUUUAUUCAUUAUUCAGUGUCCAUGAUUACAAAAAUCUUUUCUGCAGCUUAAUUUUACAAUACUGUCCUUUACCUUUGGAAAAUCUCAGUACUAGACUAGUGGUGAAAGUAGGCUCUGUGAGUAGUGAUGUGGUUUGGACUACUGACAAAACCUUGAGGUAUAUUAUAGCCAGAGAAACUGGUGCACAAAUACACCAGGGAAACAGGUACUGAUAUUAUUGACCAAAAAGGUUACCUUUUUCUCCCUCUUGCAUAACCAGAAAAAAAAUCAUGUCUAUGCCUUCCGGAAUGACCAAGAAGUCAGUCGGUUGUCAUGAAUCCAUGGUAAAAUGAUUUCCAUAAAAUUCCAUUUUAUUUCUGAGUGAACUGGAUGAAUUCAUAAAGAAGAUGUAUUUUUGCAAACCUGGCCUCUGGUGUUCUUGGGGUUAAUGUUGUGGCAGCCUGUUACUAUCUCCUUGUUUGUGUUGCUAAUAAAUGGAGUUGCUUGCUAAUGGUAUGCCAAGUUUUGCACUUGAAAGGGAGCAUUAAGUUUUUCAUGGGGAAAACCAGUCUUGUACUGACAAAACACCCGACUUUAAAACUGGAAUAAAAGCACCUAGAAUACUUACUCUGCCACAACACUCUGAAAUGCACUUCAUAACAAAAUUGUCAAAGGUGCUGAAUUCUUCCAAUUGGCAUAAGUCGCAGUAAACACAUUUCUUUGACAGUUUUCUUUCCAGCCUGGCAUGCCAGAGAUUGAUGGGGGAGGGGAUCCACAAAAAAGAAAUUUGUGAUUCUAGUGUGGAAGGAAAGCCAUGAAAGGAGAAGGGUGAGCUGAGGUUAUUUGGCUGAAUGUCUUUUAACAAAUGCCUCCUUAGUGACACCUUUACAGUGAGGAAUACAGCAGAAGAUCAAUGGCUGUCUUGGGCAUGGAAGAUCACAGGAUCACAGGACAUUAGGGGUUGGAAGGGACCCAAGGAGAUCAUCGAGUCCACCUGCCUGACAGAGCAGGACAAUCCUAUCUGACACAGAUCACAGAGGAACACAUCCAGACAGGCCUUGAAAGUCUCCAGAGAAGGAGAGUCCAUGACCUCUCUGGGAAGUCUAUUCCAGUGCUGUGUGACCCUUACAGCGAAGUCCCCCUUUGUGUUGAAAACUGAACACAGUAUUCAAGAUGAGGUCUCACCAGGGCAGAAUAGAGAGAACCUCCCUUGAUCUGCUGGACACACUCUUCCUAAUACACCCCAGGAACCCAUUGGCCUUCUUGGCCACAAGGGCACAUUGCUGUGCCAUGGGGAACUUGUUAGCCACCAGCACCCCCAGCUCCCUCUCCACAGGACUGCUCUCCAGCAGAUCACCUCCCAGCCUGUACUGGUGGAGUUCAUUAUUCCUCCCCUGAUGCAGGACUCUGCACUUGUCCUUGUUGAACUUCAUCUGGUUCCUCUGUGCCCAGCUCUCAGUCUGCCCAGAUCUCUCUGGAUGGCUGCACAGCCUGCAGCUGUCUCAGCCAAGUCUCUCAGCUUGGUGUCAUCAGCAAACUUGCUGAGCAGACACUUUGUGCCCUCAUCAAUGUCACUGAUGAAGACGUUGAACAGGACUGGCCCCAGCACUGAUCCCUAGGGGACACCACUGGUCACAGCUCUCCAGCUGGACCUGGCACCAUUGAUCACCACCCCUUGAACUAAGAGAAAGGAAAUAAAUAAUCUCUCUGUAUUUUGGAGAAUAUAGUGCAAAAAAAAAAAAAAAAUUCCAUGAAUUCUAGUGGGCAAAAUCCCCCCAAAACCUAUACUCCCUAGCAGUAAAGAUGAGUUACCUCUCAAGAAAAUAGUAUUUGUGCCUCCCAUCAUGCUGCUGCCUGACUGUGCAGGACUUGGCUCCAAAAGCCACGAAGGUUACAGCUCAGUGAUAUUGAAGUUCUAUCCAUUUUGAAAUCUGAUCUCUGAUUGCUUUAACAGGGCAUAUAUAUAUAUAUAUAUAUAUGUAACUUAAUAUAUGAUGCUAUUUUCUUCUCUUCCUCUCUUUUUUCUCAGAACAAAUUAUGACAUCGACAUCUAAAGGAAUUUUCCGGCCAUUUUUUAUUAUCUUCAUUGUCCUUGGUUGCUUCAUGGCCUUUAUAUUAAUUUAUAUCAAACCAACAAGUAGCUGGAUCUCUGGUCCCAUAGAAUCAGCCAGUUCAGUUUUGAAAAUGAAGAGCUUCUUUUCUUCCAAAACUGAUAAUAUUAAUGAAACUAUUAUUUUGAUCUGGGUUUGGCCAUUUGGUCAGACUUUUGAUCUAUCAUCCUGCCAAACAAUGUUCAACAUCCACGGGUGCCAUCUGACUAUUGACCGCUCACUAUAUAACAGAUCCCAUGCUGUUCUCAUCCAUCACAGGGACAUCAGCUGGGAUUUGACUAAUUUACCUCAGCAAGCCAGGCCACCAUUCCAGAAAUGGAUUUGGAUGAACUUGGAGUCUCCAACUCACACUCCACAAAAGAGUGGCAUUGAACACCUCUUUAACCUGACCCUGACUUACCGGCGUGAUUCAGAUAUUCAGGUGCCUUACGGCUUCAUGAUGGUGGGAACAAGUUCCUUGACAGCUGAAGUGCCAAGUAAGGAAAACUUGGUCUGUUGGGUCGUAAGUAACUGGAACCCUGAGCACGCUCGAGUCAAGUAUUAUAAUGAGCUUAGCAAAUACAUUGAAAUCCACACCUAUGGGCAAGCCUUUGGAGACUACGUCAAUGACAAAAACUUGAUCCCAACUAUCUCUACUUGCAAAUUUUACCUUUCCUUUGAAAACUCCAUCCACAAGGACUACAUCACUGAGAAACUUUACAACGCUCUUCUGGCCGGAUCAGUACCAGUUGUACUGGGCCCUUCCAGAGAAAACUAUGAGAAUUACAUUCCAGCAGACUCUUUCAUACAUGUGGAAGAUUUUCUCUCCCCUAGAGAGCUGGCAGAAUAUCUUUUGAUGCUUGACAAAAAUAAUAAGAUGUACCUUAGCUAUUUCAACUGGAAGAAGGAUUUCUCAGUGCAUCUUCCUAGGUUCUGGGAGUCACACGCAUGCCUUGCUUGUGAUCAUGUGAAAAGACACCAGGAAUACAAAUCUAUUGGAAAUCUAGAGAAAUGGUUCUGGGAUUAAUCUCUCUGUGUGUGUGUGUCUGUGUGUGUGCACCUUUUUGAAGAAGACAGAAGAAACUUCAGUCCAAGUGGAAAGAAAAGGAAAAGAGACAAAAAAGGAAGGAAAAGAUAGACAUAUGUCAAAGGUUGUCAGCAGCCCUCUGUUGGCUCUCCUGUUUAUAUUUUGUAAGAGAUUUUAAAAUAUCAGCAGCAGCAGUCAUCAGCACUUAGUUUUAAAUUAUAAUGUACCUACUAAUUAUGUGCACUGAAGGAUAUUUGAUUGUUUACUCUAUUUUUUAAACAAGAUUUCCCACAAUUUCUGUGAAUUAUGUUCCAGUCUUAAAGUAGUAAUUUUUACUUUUUUUUUUUUUUAACAUUAUAUUUCCUGUCUCACCUAUCUGGAAAGUGAGGAUACAACUUUUAAACGCCAGAAAGAACGUUGAGCACAUAAUUUGCUGUUCCAGUCUGCAAUGUGUGUAAUGUUACAGAAGACAGUAGAGUUUUUUAUGGUUCAUCUUGCUUUUAAAGAACACAGUAGAGUUCGAUGCCUACCUUUAUUGCAGCGUGACCAAUUGCACCCCUUUUUGAGGGUGACAAACCUCCAAAUGCAGUGUUUAAGAGACAACAAUAGACAGUCUUCGUUUCUAAAAAUGUUUCCUAACAAGUAUCUCCAUUAAGUUGUUACCAGAAUACGUCUGUUCCUACCCUCCCAAGAAUAAGGAAGUCAGGUAUAGGGAAGAUGAGCAACUUUAGUGAUCAAAGCCCAGAUUAAUCCAGUUUUUGGAUGUACCUAAACCCAGCAUGUCAUUAAGCCUCUUCGUGUCUCAGGUAUCGUUUGCCUGGACCAGGGCUGUAAGUGGUGUUAGCUGCUACAGAGAUGAAUAGACCUGAACAGAAGCCUUUGAUUCCAUCAGCCUCCUGCACUGAACUCAGCUGGUAAUAACAGGUGUCUAGAAGCAGCCUGCUGAGAAUUUUUUUUGCAAUUUGUCUGAUAUAACUUCUUGAAUAAUUGUAGCUGGACAACUUGCCAUGAGUCAUGAAUGUGAAAGAAAAUAGGACCAAAAAGUUGGUUUUCUGGAAGAAAUACAAUGAAACUCAAUAAAAGAGUUAUCAGACUGUCAAUUUUAACCAUUCAACUGUUUAAGCUAAUAAACUUUUGUUUUUUAAUGUGUUUUAUGUGACAGGUAUAAACAUGCACCCUUAAUAGCAGCAGUUGCUAUCAAAAUCUGAGUAUGUAAGUACAAAAUUUGCCCUGGUAGUAAACAUGAAUAUGUGGUGAUUGUUUACACUGUCUGCUUGUAACAUGUCAAUUUGAUUUUGAUUUCAUUACUUUUUUCUUUCUGCUAAGACUUAAAUAUCUGAUUGCUGUAUACAUUCAUAUAUGCAAGUUUGUUUUAAUAACAUAAAUCUAUGGAUACAGUUUAGUAUCAAGUGAAAGACAAGCAGCUUGUUUGUUCAGGUCAAAAUGUUUCAAGUCACACCUAUGGAGAGGAGAAAAAUGGAAAAAGAAAAAAUUUAACUGAAAUAACUUCAGCCGAUGUGACACGAAACAGCCUGAUAAAGCAAAGCAGCUGAUCAAGUACUUAAGCUCACAGAGAGCAACACUGCUAGAGUAAGAGAAUAAGGGAUAAACAGUUAUAAACAUUUAGCAAAAUAUAAGGGGUUUAGUCAGAAUUUUUUUUAAGCCCAGGCUGGAACAGAAGCACAGAAGACUGUAAGAGUGAUGCAGUUCAAUUUCUAAAGCAAGAAAGUCCAGGGAAAGGCUACAAAAACAUUUGUGCUCUCCUCAUGGCUUCAAAAGCUGUAUUCUGAUUCAGAUGUUUGUUUAUUCUAUUUAUUGCUGUCUCUAAAAGCUAGUGUGCAAUAAACUGUGAACCUCCUGAACUCACCAGCAUUCCAGUAUGAAACACAAAGAGCUCACCUUGCCAAUUAACGCAAUAUAAUGAAAUCCAGUCUUCUAAAACUCUGAGGUGGGUGGAGCAUGAGCAGUGUGCCUGGCAUUUUGAAGGCAGGUGGCUAUUGCCUACCAUCCCACAGGACACUGUGCUUUUUGUUUUCAGGAGGGCUGUGGAAUUCUCACGUCACUGCUUCAGAUGGAUAAUCUGAUUCUCUUGGUGUUGAGAUCUGGAAGAUCUUUGCAUGGAUCUCAGUGGAAAUACACUUGUCCCUUGGUGCACAGGCUCUUAUUUCAUCCCUCAUUUCAGAAAGUGGAAGAUGUGCUGUGUCUAACAAGACCUUAUGUCAAGUCAGAUUGGUUUCUUGGUGUCAAGAUUCAGCCAAUAAAUCCUUUCACCAAUAACAAGUAAGCACAAUAACAAGGUAUGACUUGUUACUGCCAAUAUCAGCCAGUGUGUACAGAGGGAAGUUUGAAACGUGCUACAUUUUAAGACUGUAAGUGAUGUCAUUGGCUCUGUGAGAACUGGAUCCAGUCAUCAUGGCCAAUUUCAGGCUGAAUUGUAAGAAAUGUGCAAGUCUUUUAGUGGACUUGUGAUGGGAAGAAGAGUUUUUCUGUUCACAGACGUUGCACACUUUGUGUUCAGUGGACACUGCUAAAAUUCUUCCAGAGACUGACAAGACAGAAGAGAAAUCUAAUUCAGACUGAAAUGCCCAAGAAUCACGACUAAUGCCUAAACAAGAGAAAUGACCCUAAUGCCUCACUGGUGUUAUUGAAGAGUGUCAGCUGCACCAUAACUGAGCCACCCAUUUUAUGAAGACCUUAAGGUGAUCUGCAGGUAUCAAGCCUUAAGCAGUUCUGGGAUAUAAAGCACUUUGUUAACCGAGGAUGAACCAGCCCGAGUGGUAAAUCAUGUGAAGUGGUGGACUCCCUGCAUGCAUAAAGGCAGCCUGCCUAGCCCCACACACCCAGCUCACAGCAGAUUGACUCCCAUCUGUUUAUAAAACUAAGUGUUGUGAUGUUUGUGCUCCUUCAGUGAGCUACACUACAUGAACAGUUAGCAGAAAGAAUCUCAAAGAGUAAAUCAUUGUGAAGAACAAUGGGCAAAACCAACAACUUAUGGAAGGGUAAAUUACUUGGAAGGAGUUAAAAUAGAGAACAAGGUAUUAUUUAUGCCUUGGGAUCACUGGCAAAAGAGAGUUGUACAAGGAAAGACAAAUGAAAAAUGAGAAAUUGCACCAAUUCUUAGGAUUUUCUCACCAGUUUUAUUUUAGGCAUGCAGGUUAGGUGCCAGCCACUAUAAUCCUGCAUAUGCAUUUGUCAUGAGCUAAUUUGGCAGUGACCGAAGCCAGAGAGUAGUCAUCACUUUCUAUUACAAUGGCUUCUUUUGGAUAUUUUUGGGCUCUCUGUCAUGCACUAAGCUAUGAACAUAGCUGCUUUAUCAAUGUGGAAGAAGACUCAAGCCAGAUAAAGUACAGAUGCACUGCUACCCCACUGAAUGUGAACAGACAUCAAACAAAACUGGAGCAGACCCUUCUGAAGCAGUUUUCCACUGAUUUCACAGAUGCCACAGCAGCUCUUGCUCAGUAUGAGAUCUUCAUUCCUUACUGAAUCUUGGUUGCUAGUUUUUUGACUACCUCUUGCUUUCCAAGAUGGUUGUACUCACCAUGAACAAGCAGCCUGAGCAAAGCCCACAGCAUGUGUGAGACAGAGCAACAUAUUUGUCUUCAAAGAAACAGAUCAAAUAAAAGGAAGGCUGGACAGAGAGAACACGAAUGUGGGGAGUUGUAAAGUUCACGCAGGCUGAGUGCUGUAAACACCUGCUUACUGCUUCUAGCUACUCAUGUUUGUUUCUCAAACUGAGCCUUUUUAAACAUAACAAACAACCAAACCUAUUUUUCUGAUCACACAGUUAAAUAACCAAUUCCUGCUGCCGAUUAUUCAAGAAUGGGACUCCUGUUGCCUUUGUGUCAUCUCUAAUAGACAUCACCAUGUCUAUUACAGAAAAAACCAACAUUCAAGGGAAGAAUGAAGUCCAUCAGUAAGCUAAUUAUAUUUCUUAUCUUCUUAUCUGACUUCAAGAAUCUUUUUUUUUUCUUUUUUCUUUUUUUUUUGAAGCAUAUCUUCAUGCCCUCAUGAAACAUUACUUUCUGGACAUCACUCAAGGAAGACCUUAAGCAUAUGCAUAUCGCCACAAGGCUCUACCAGAUGCUUCAAUUUAAGAUCAUCUUACCUGCAUUAAUGCAUUUGGGCUCCAGACAGCACAGUCUAUAGUCUGGCUUAGUGUCCAUCCAAUAUAUCUUGGCCAUCCAUUUCUGCUUCAGCAUACUCUGUGCCACCAUCACCUCAUAUCAUGCACUCAAUGUAGCAUGCUCCUCACAGUCUGCCUGUGCUUCACAGGACAAGCUACCCUGCCCAUGAGAGGAGCUGAGCUUUGCUAAAGUAGUGUUUUGAGGGUGGUUCUAGGAAGAAAGCAUAAAACCUGGUCAUGUGUGCAUCCUUUGAAUCUUGACUGAGUGUGCCCUAGAGAUGGUCAGUCAGAGUCAUACCUGACUUUCCUUUGGAAAGAAAAUAGUUAGAUCAGUAUAGAUGAGACUGAGUGAUUAACUGUGUGUGCAACAUGGGAACAAGAGGGGUGUCUGUGCAGGCUGAUGAGGAGGCUUUUGACAUCAAAUACUCAAAUGUUCCCUUGAUAGAACUAGUACCUGAUUGAAAAGAGAGUCCAUGGGAAGCAUUUGCUUCUCUACCAGUUGUGGGCUUUUUCAUUAAUACUGGAUGACAAUUCUGGUUUGUUUUCUUGCUUUCAAUAUAAGUGAUUUUUAAAUGUUAGAAGUCAAUCAAUAUAAGUCAUGCAAGAUAGUUAUUUCAGCUUCGCCUUUUGCUCCUUGCUCAGGCAAAUCUUCCACCAGGCUUAGCAGCUGAUUCAGGGGAUUCCCUCACCAGUAAUAAAGGGUUUAGCCAAGUGUAGAAUGAUGGCUGCAGUAAAAACAAAACCAACCAAAACCCCAUCCUUAUUCAUGGAUAUUUCCCUUCUAAUAUUUCAAUAACUAGUUCUAGAGCUACAAAAAAUUCUACCUUCAGAGAACCAGUGUAAAAUUCAUGCUGAUUAGAUAUGUUCAUAAACAGUACAGAAGAAAUUGAUCAAUUAACCUAUGUAGCAGGAGUUUUCAUUCAUGGCACAAAUGCCAGAGUGAUACAGAUGAUAAAAACACAAGUUUGUGAGAAAUAAUUAGGUUUAGAGACAUCGCUCUGCAGUUUUCACAUUGGAUAAAAGUCCCUUCAUUACUUUAUUGCAAAGGUAAUUAAUUGGGAAUCUUUUAUGUCCCCAUACCCUGUACACAAUUAACCAAACACCGCAGUCUGUGUGGUGAACAGUUCCAAGGUGUACUCGUGCAGCAGAAAGCCUCUCACCUCCAGGAGGAUAGCACAGAAAACUGUCUCGAACCUCUAGCAGGUGACUCAGUCACAUCAGUCUGGUUUCUCAUUCCUACUUUCAGUCAAGGAGGCACAGAACUGACCUGAAACUCAUCUGACUCUUCUGUGCAUUUCUUGGCACGCUCAGGGGGUACAUUAGGACACUUCUGACUCCUGCAGUCUGUGCCAUGCCUGGGUAGGACUGCACAGAAGACUUUGCUGCUCCAAGUAAUAAGAAUAUUGCCAUUUUUCUAUGUUGUGGUGCCAGGCUGUACAAAUGAAGUAUUCACACAUGGAGAAGCUUUUCAUUAACAUUCCUAACUAAAUAAUUAGUAGGAAAAUCAUUUGCUCAUUGCAAACUGGCAGCAAAUGCAACAUCUGUUAUUCUUUAUAUGAGUUAAUCCAGUAGAAAACAAGUUUUGAUGCAACUUUACCUCCUUGGCUUGAUAAAGCCUGAUUGGAUCCAGAUGCAUGGACAUGCAGAUAGAAACAUUUGAGUGAUAAAUGGUAAACAAGCACACAUGUAAAAUGUGAUACAUUUUCUGCAAAGCCUUAAGGUUGUAUCUGAACACUUCAGCAGUCACCAGAUGAAAUAUGUUCCUGUCAGUCCCUUUCUUUAGAACUCAAGAAAAGCCAGUCUGACAUAUGCUGUUUGGUGAAUACAUAUUUCCUUCGUUGCUUUGUUUUGAACAGAUGUGCUAUAAGAGAGGAGAUUUAAAAGUUUGGAAACUUAAUUCCCUUGGUGCAAUUUAAUGUUUUGAAUAUUUGACGGAUAUACUGAAGAGAAGUGAAAAGUUUUCCCUCCAUGCAAGAUCCUGAUGUGCCAAACAGUUUCCAGUGAAUGAACAGAAGAGUUAAACAAACUGAUUUCUCCUUAGGACUUGCAAAAUCUUCUAUUAACGCACUGUAAUUUUGCACUAUUUUGUAAGAAAAGAAAAAAGGAACUGAAAACAAAACUGAAAAAAAAUAGAUGCCAAAUGUAUGGUUUGUAAAAUACUAUUUUUCUUAUAUAAGGUGUCAUCACAUUGUGACUCUGUGUUGUUGUAAACUGUGAAAAAUGUACUGUACUGUUGUGACACAGACUACCAAGGGCCAUUUCUAACACAGAUUAGUCACCUGGACUUGUUUGUAUGGAACAUUCAUAAAUCUGAGAUCACUUUUAUACUUAUUUUUUGUAGACUAUUUUUCCACAUUUACAACACAACUGUUAUUUUAUACCAAACAUUAAUUUUGCUUCUAAAUAUUAUUUGACUAGGUGGGUGGGUAUCUUAAAUGUGCCAGAGGUUCAACACAACAACAAAGAUAAUUCAGAAACUAUUCUCUGCCAAACUGUAAUGCCACUGAAGUUGCAGAUGCUUUGCUGAGCAAUCAGGCAUGGUGUCCACAAACAAGAGCUUAUCCUCUAUGGACGUUGUGAUGCUGUUGUGUUUGCUGGGAUAAAUGCCUGGUACCGCUAAGCUGCGUUUCCCUCCUGCCUUUCUCUGUGUUGGGAAAUGAAACUGGGUGUCAUAGCUGAAUAUCACAGGUAUUUGGCUGCCCACAUAAUGUGCAAUAGAUUUGACCUCUGAAAUUAUUUGGUAAGAAUAGGAGAAAAAAACCUUAAGCUGCCUGUCCUCAUUCAGACUCACUUUCUGUGGUGGAUCAUGUGAAAAUGGGAUAGUUGCCACAUGCAGGAGUGGUAUAGUCUCAGUAAAGAUAUCACAUCCUGCAUGUAGGAACAUGGGACCACAUUUACUCUUGGUGCAAGAUGAGAACCAAAGUCCAUUUGUUGCAUGCUUGAGCUUACACACAUAGCAUUUAGUGAGAUCUGAUAUGAAUCCUUGCUUCAUGUUCCCACCACAGCUUAUCUUCUACUGAUCACUUAAACUUAUGUGUGUGACAAAUGAAUUUUGGAUAAAAGUAGUAACCAUGGAAAAUAGAAUUUUAAAAAAAUGAAAACUGUUCUCACCUGCAGGCACAUUUUAAGAUGCAUUGGUAAAAGGAGGUCUUGCAAAAAGUUGUAUUUUUGUUUCUUAGUGAAUGUACAUUUUCCCCACGAUCUAGACAUUUUAUAACAGAAAUCCUACCAAACUUUCUUUGCUCCUUUUGAACAAUGUCAUCACCCUAAGAUGUAUCUGAAAAACGCAGAGGUUCAACCAUUGAUGUUUUUCAGUAUUCAUUUUUUAAAUUUGAUGUUGUUGUUAAACUUUCUUCUGAGUAUGCUCAGAGUUUUCAGCACGGUCUGCCUGUGUUCAGAAAACACCUGCUUAUGAUACUCCAGGUAACCAUAACAAUUUCAAGGACUUUCAUCAACUGUGUGAAAUUAACAUUUCAGAAUUCUGAUUCCAAGAUGGUUAACAAGCAGCUCACUGACUCUUAUUUAUUGAGCACUGGAAUUCUCCCCAAAGGAUAACACUGAAUUCUGUAGAUAAUGGAGUUCUAUAUAAGCCUAACAAAUUAUUGUAAUAGGUAUAAUAAAGAGAACACUCCAAAUA